AUGGCCGAAGCCCAUCCGCGGAGGCAACGACGAGCUGCGAAGGCAUGCGCUUUCUGUCGUCGACGAAAGCUGCGCUGCGAUAACGGAAAGCCCGCUUGCUCUAACUGCCGGGGAUACGACAAUGAAUGUGUCUACCCCGCGGAUAUUUUACGGCAAAGACCCACACAGGCCCGCAUUUCUCAGCUAGAAGCAGAGAACCAGCACUUGCGUCGGCAACUCGGCGCUCUUGAGACUCGAUCUAUCCAUGAAGGUGGAUCUCCCGAACACACACCAGCUUCAUCUAGGCAGGAAACACAAGAACUGCCUCAGGAAACACCCCGCGAAUCGCCUUGCAACGAAGAACAAGAGGAAGCUACUGCCGUGGAGCAUUCUCAGUCGGCCGUCUCACGCAUAUUUAUCUCGCCGAACGGAGACUCCAGUUAUCACGGCCUUACCAGCACUCUCUUCGAUGACGCUCCAACCGACAGACGCGGUCAGGUGCGACCGACCGACCAGAAAAUCCCUGCAGAUCAUGUUUCUAAGCGCUUGAUGGGAGAGGCUGCGUAUCAAAGGCAGCUCGAGGGUCUGAAUCUGCGACAUGGAAAGCUAGAUUUCGAUGGCGUUGACCCAGAACUGGGCAUGCAUCUUCUAUCCCUUCAUUGGAAUCGCCAGCAUCAUUCAUUCCUGAUCACAUACCGCCCCGCUUUUAUGCGCGACAUGGCCUGUGAUGGGCCGUACUUCUCUAAACUUCUUCUCAACGCAAUAUACUUCGGUGCAUCGAAAUUCAGCAAUCGACCCGAGGUUCGCCGAGACCCUAAUGAUGUUCGCACUGCAGGUUGGACAUUUCGCAUGCGAGUCAAGGAGCUCCUUGGCCGUGCCCUUGAUCGUAGCGAGAUUACGACUAUUCAAGCACUUUUGGUUAUGACCAGCUCAUUAUUUGCAUUGGGCGAUGAGCGCAGUGCUGCUUGGCUUUACUCUGGUACUGCAUUUCGAAUGAUCAUCGAUCUGGGGAUAGAUCCGCCGACGCGUUUUUGGGGAGCCUUUGUCGUCGAUAAGAUUCAGUCGCUAUACCAAGGUCGUCCGGCAAGCCUCCAAGAUUUCGAUACCAAAGUCUCACUUUCCUUUUUGGACAACUACGAAGAGCUCGAGGAAUGGGAGCCGUUUGCAUAUUCAGAUGUCCAGUCGUACCCAGGGUCCCCUGCCUAUAGCGUGUCAACUUUCACGCAACUAUGCAAGCUUUCAUUAAUCUUGAAUGGGAUCCUAAGCAAAGUGUAUUCUGAGCGAAGCUCAGCGCGGUCACCGGAUGAGCUUCUUGCAACUCUGAAAACCUUGGACCUGCAGCUUAAAAGUUGGCACGAUGCAAUCCCCGAUCACUUGCGAUUCAAUCCGAGCACAAGUCAGAUCACGCCGCCACCACAUGUUGUUUCACUCCUCGCGCUAUACAAUGUCCUCUUGAUUCUUCUCCACCGACCCUUUGUAGCUGAAGGGCAUCUCCACACCACGGAUUUGUCAGUCGCAAUUGCAUCCUUCAACACCUGCACUGUGGCUGCAAACCGCAUCAUCCAACUACUUCAAGCUUAUGAUCACACAUACUCGAUUCGAAGGGCCCCGUAUUUGAUCUCAUAUGCCACAUACGUUGCCGCAACGAUCUUUGUCCGAGUCGCAGCCCAGAAGGAAGGAGGUAGCCGAGCGCAUGCAAGCUUGCGAGCCUGUUUCAGUAUCUUCAAGAAAAACCAGGAGACAAACUGGGCUGUCCGCAGAGCUGGAAACGUAAUUCUUCAUUUGAUGAACCGAAUGGGAGUGAAGUUGGAUAUCCACGUCACUGGAGAUGACGGACGAAGGCUAUCCCGUCCUCUUCCAGAAGUCCUCUCCCCAAAAAGUCCACCCUACGUAUCUGGAGACGGCUCACAUCUAGAUGCAAUGGCUAUCACUAGCUUUGGAACCCCAUCCUCUGGGGAAGUUGAGGAUUCUGAACUCGAUAUCGACAUGAUAAUUCAGAGCUUCAUCCGACAAGAUAACAGGUCAGCUGAAGGUCAGCUCUACCUUGAAAACACUGAAGAUCCACUUGCAGGGUCUACAGCAACGCCUUUGGGUGGACAGAACAAUCUGGUGCCUAACAUUAUUCCUCACUAUGAUGAUGUUUAUCCCGGUCCCCGUUUCGACGAUGAUAUGCUGUUUGGCUUCAAUGGUUCGCUUCAAGAUAGUAUGAUGUAUGAAUAA